ACCAGCCGAGGUCACUGCCGAUGUACAGGCGAGAGGCCCAGAGAGGGAAAGGAACUUACAGAAGGCCACACAGCAAGUAGGCGAGGCCGGAGCGGGCUUUCCACCCAGAAACCCCCCGCCCAGGGCCGGACGGAAAGGAACCAGCCAGUGAGCGGGCAGGGAGCUGGCUUGGUCGUGUACCCUCUAACCUGCCUCUGUUUCCCUCCGCAGGUUCCGGUGGCCCCGGGGGCACAGGGAGGCGGCGCCAUGGUGACAGAGCAGGAGGUGGAGGCGAUCGGGCAGGCGCUGGUGGACCCGGCGCAGCCCCUGCACGCCCGCUUCCGGGCGCUCUUCACGCUGCGCGGCCUCGGCGGCCCGAGCGCCAUCGCCUGGAUCAGCCGGGCCUUCGACGACGACUCGGCACUACUGAAGCACGAGCUGGCCUACUGCCUGGGCCAGAUGCAGGACACGCGGGCCAUCCCCGUGCUGGUGGGCGUGCUGCGGGACCCCCGCCAGGAGCCCAUGGUGCGCCACGAGGCGGGGGAGGCCCUGGGGGCCAUCGGGGACCCGGCAGUCCUGGAGAUCCUGCAGCAGUACGCCAGCGACCCUGUCGUCGAGGUGGCUGAGACGUGCCAGCUGGCCGUGCGGCGGCUGGAGUGGCUGCAGCAGCGCGGCGGGGAGCCGGCGCCCGUGGGGCCCUACCUCUCGGUGGACCCGGCCCCACCGGCCGAGGAGCGGGACGUGGGGCGCCUGCGGGAGGUGCUGCUCGACGAGGCCCGGCCGCUCUUCGACCGCUACCGAGCCAUGUUCGCCCUGCGCAACGCCGGCGGCGAGGAGGCCGCCCUGGCGCUGGCCGAGGGCCUGCGCUGCGGCAGCGCCCUCUUCCGCCACGAGGUGGGCUACGUGCUGGGGCAGCUGCGGCACGAGGCGGCCGUGGCCCCGCUGGCGGCGGCGCUGGCGCGGCGGGCGGAGAGCGCCAUGGUGCGGCACGAGUGCGCCGAGGCCCUGGGCGCCAUCGCGCGGCCCGCCUGCCUGGCCGCCCUGCGCGCGCACGCGGCCGACCCCGAGCGCGUGGUGCGCGAGAGCUGCGCCGUGGCCCUGGACGUGUGCGCGCACGAGGCGGGGCCGGCCUUCCAGUACGCAGACGGCCUGGAGCGGCUGCGCCCCGCCGCGGGGGCCCGGCCGCCGGCGCCCCCUGACCCCUGAGGCCACCGCACGCCGCCGGGCCCGUCCCCCACCCGGGGCCCGGCACCGGCUCCCGGGCACGGGGCGGGGCAGGGCUGGGCUCCCUAGAAUGAGAGGCGCUGCCGGAACCCCGUCCCCACGGGCCUGCGGAGGGGUCCCUGGGCCUGGGGAGGGACAGGCUGACCCCAGGGCACUGCCCCCGUGGACCAUUAAAUUAUUUUUGCCAAGC